AUGUUCACUGUUGCUGUCCUCGGAGCAGGCGUGGUCGGUCUCACUACUGCUCUCAAGAUCCUCGAGGCGGGAUACAAUGUGGUGGUGAUAGCGCAGCUGUUUCCUGGGGACGCCCGGGACAUACGCUACACGAGCAACUUUGCGGGCGCGAAUCACUCCAGUAUGGCAGGGGAUGAUAAGAGGCAGUUCAAGCUCGACAUGGAUACGUUUGACGUGGUGUGGAAGAUGUCAGAGCCAGGGAGUCCGACAGAGCAUCUGUUUAUGCGCACUCCGAUCAUCCAUUACUACCACGAUCCAGUGACGAAGCCCGAUCCUCUGGCCGAUACUAUGCCUGAGUACCGCAAACUCUAUUCCGAAGAGCUACGCGUCGGCGCUACUUCCGGCACGUACUUUAUGUCUGUGACGUUCGAUGUCUGGCGCUAUCUACCCUGGCUGUAUUCACAAGUCCUAGUCAGGGGUGGUCGCGCUGUCCGUGCCCAGGUGCAGCACAUCAACCAGGUGCUAGAGGGCGCUUUCUGCGAGAAGCCCGACGCGCUCGCCGUUUGCGCAGGCAUCGGCGCCCGGACCUUGGGCGGCGUGGAGGACGAGAACGUAUUCCCCAUCCGUGGGCAGACAAUUUUGAUCCGCGCGCCAUGGAUUAAGCAGUGCAUGGGUGGCAAGGCGCAGCCAGGCAUCUCUACCUAUGUUAUUCCUCGGCCAUCUGGCGAUGUAAUUCUCGGCGGAACUUGGUUCCAUGACGACUGGUAUCCGAAGCCGAAAGAGGACAUACAUGAGAUGAUCCUGGAAGGCGCUAUCAAGCUCGUUCCUGAACUGGCACCUGCUGAGGUGCGUGGGUCAGGCCGCACGCCCACGGUGGAGGACAUCAGGCCGCUUAUCAUCGAGGCGGGCUGUGGGCUGAGGCCAGGGAGGAAGGGAGGGUUGAGAUUGGAGAAGGAUACGGUCGAGGUGCCGAAUUGUAAGGGGAAACAGGUGCCGAUCGUGUACAAUUAUGGUCAUGGCGGGCAAGGGUAUCAGAGCUCGUGGGGAAGCGCAAUGGAAGCUGUUAUGCUCUUGAAGGAAGGCUUUGAGGUGUGAAGAAAGCGA